CGCUGUUAGCUUCCAGCUGCUCGUAGCUUCGCUCUGCUCGGCUCGGUUCGGAACAGGACAUCAUGAGCGACUUUCCAGACUACGAGGACGAAGCCUUCCCUCCCCUCCCGCCUCCUCUCUCCCCCGAUGGGGGAGGACAGCAGGAGGACCGAGACCCGUUCACCAACGAAGAAGAAGAAGGUGACGUUUCCAAACUGGCUGAAGUUCCUGCUGCUAAAAGAAAAGGAGUGAAGAGGCCUCAGCCGAAGCUCGACUCUCAGAGGCUGACUUCAGAACGAGGACUUCCUGCUCUGAGAACGCUGUUUGAAAACGUCCACUUUAAAGGCAAAGGACACGAGGUGGAGGAUCUGCGGCUGCUGAUGCAGAAGAUGGAGAACUGGGCUCACCGCUUGUACCCCAAGCUGCAGUUUGAAGAUUUCAUCGACAAAGUGGAAAAACUGGGCAGCAAGAAAGAAGUUCAGACUUGUCUGAAACGGAUUCGACUGGACAUGCCGCUGACGCACGAGGACUUCACAGGUGAGGAGGAGGCUCCACCUGAGCUGCAGGUGUUCGGGGAUCCUGACCCGUUCAGCAGCAGCUUCGUUAACGACGUCCAGGAUCCGGUCAGCUCCACUCCGGCUCCUGUGGCCCCUUCAGGACCCUCCGGACCUUCAGGACCGCCGACUCUGACCGAGGAGCAGCUCAGACGGAUGGAGCUGAACAGGAAGUUGGCUCUGGAGAGGAAGCUGGCCCGACAGCAGCAGCAGACGGACUCUCACACUGUCGAUACGUCUUCACUGGAGAUUGAACCCACGUCAGCUUCUUCUGCCAACGUCCUCAGCGGCUCCACUGAUCCGGAUGAGAAGACGGAGGAGCUGCAGCCGGCCGACGGCGACAAACAACAAGAACCAGAACAACAAGCAGAACAAGAACAGUCCAGCCAACCUCCAGACACAGACUCUGAGCCUCCUGCUGAACCUUCUCAGGCCGAACUAGAACCCAAACGUGAGCUUCAGGCGAACGUCGAGCUCCAGGAGGAGGAUUGAGACUCUGGUGAGAAGCUUGGACGCUGAGCUUCACCUGGAUGAAGAUCACCUUUAUAUUCAAAUCUCCUGUCGUCACCACCGCUGGUUCACGGCUAAUCGAACUCUGACUCCACGUUCUGGUGCAGAACCUGUUGUUCACUUGUAAACCGUUCCUGUGAGUUUCUCAUCGUAGCGUUUUGUUAGCCGACAGCGUUACUGAUACGUGGACCAACAGAAUCACUGCCUCAAAAGAUUCCAGCUCGUCUUUUAAGUGACGUUGGAGGUCCUGGACCUCCUCAGAGUCUCUGUCAUGGUCCCGUUGCCGCUAAACUCCCACAAUGCUCUCUGCUGCCACCAUGAGCUGCCUGUAGUCACGGCAACCGCCUCCACCGACGAUGCGUUUUCACAUGCACGACCUUCUUCUACUGCCGUGUUGUUGAAUGUUUUCUUUAGUUUUUACAGCAAUUAUUUGACAAACAUUAAUACCACUAAUUUAAUCCAACAAAAGGUCCAAAUUACGAAGACAUUCAGCCUAAAAAAGCAGCGAAUGUUGACAUUUUAACAAGCUGUGUUUACAUAAAGGUCAGCUGGAUUCAUAGCGUUCAACUAACCCAUCCAUCCCGCUCUAGAAUUCAGCCUCUCAGGUUUCACAGUCGGCAGAAGUUUGGUUGGUUUUCAAAAUUUCAGCGCCUAAACUUAUACGUUCAACCUGCAGAGUGGAACUCUGACUCCCCCUUGUGGCAAUAAGAGUCACUACACCUCCACGUCUUUCUAUUUUAGACUGUAAACGUUCAUCUGAAGUUUCUGCAUCUGCGUUAAACCCCAGAUUUACCUCCUUUAGUCGGCAUCGUUGAACACAGCAGACGUUCUGUUCGCUCUGCAGAUUCAACGUGACGAAUCAGAAACAAGUUUGUGCCUUAAAGUGAAUCACGACGGUCGGUUUCAGUUCUGCAGCCUGAAGCAAAGAAACGUCGGUAAAACUGACUUUAAAUGUUUUAAUUGAUGAACCAGAGAAAUGUCCAAACUGUGUUUCUUACAAAAUGUCCAACAAUAAAAAACAAUCCUUGCAAACAGAA